AAAAUACAGGAAGUGCCCGGGUCAGUCGUGCAGUUCGAACUGUCAAAUAAACUUUAUGUGAAUGUUUUAGAAUGUUGCAACAUUUGUAUCUACGGUGUAACACUUUCUGUCACCGAACGUUCUAAUAUUUGGCGGGACGGGACGCGGCAGGUACGCUAAAGACAUGUCUCUCAAGAUUUUCUGGAGGUUACAUCAGCCUUUGAAAAGGACACAAGCCUGUGGAUUUGCUCUCAGGACACUAAAUGGAUUAAACAGUGUCACCGCCAACAGGUUAAACUGCACAACACUGGCAUCCAGUGCUUCUACACUAAACCUUCUCAAAGACUGUAGGAAUUGUCACACCGGUUUACACAACCAUAGAUGCUUUUUGCCGAGGGGAGUGUGUCAGAGACCACGUUUUGAAAUGCUGACUCCUUUAAAUUUAAAAUCCAAAACAUGGAGUUUACAAAUGAGAUUGCAGUCCACAACAACUGCCAGCAUGUCAGUGCUGAAACAAGGAGGCAUGCCGGGAAAAAGGACUUUUAAGGGACCAAGAACCAAACAGCCUUCACGAACCAGUCAGCCCAGUCUGGAGGAGGACAUGAUGCAGUGCAUCGCAUACGCAACUGCAGAUCAGUACCAUUUACCAACCCUCUGUCACGAUCUCAUCGCUCAUGGCUUCGUUGAAAUCAAAGAAUUUCCCAGAGAUGCUUCUAAUGUUUUGGUGAUGGGAACAGAGAACGCUGCAAAACCUUAUGAUAGUGGCACAAUAUUCAUCAUCAUGUAUUCUCAAUUAAAUUUCUUCAUUUUAAAUUUCUUUUGUUUGAUUUCUUUUGUAAAGACAGUGAUGAGGAUACUGGAACAGCAUGAAAUUCAACCCUAUGAAGUUGCUCUGGUCCACUGGGAAAAUGAAGAGAUCAGUUAUACAGUAGGAGAGGGUAAUUCAAAGCUCCAUCGUGGAAUUUUCUUGUUUAAUGAAGAGCUGGAUUAUGAUCAUGUUGUUCUGGAGAAGUUUGCAUUUUCCAAUGCUUUAUCACUGUCAGUAAAACUAGCAAUAUGGGAGGUCUCUCUCGACAACUUUGUUGAGUCCAUCCAGCCAAUUCCUGAGAUGCUGAAGUCUGGACAAAGAGUGAAACUGUCCAGGGCUGAAGUUAUGCAGAAGAUAGGGGAGCUCUUUUCCUUGAGACACUGCAUAAAUCUCAGCUCUGACUUACUGAUCACACCUGAUUUCUACUGGGACAGAGAAGAUCUUGAGCAGCUCUAUGACAAGACCUGUCAGUUCCUCAAUAUUAAUCGAAGAGUUAAGGUUGUGAACGAGAAGUUACAACACUGCACUGAACUUACAGACCUGAUGAGGAACCACCUCAGUGAGAAACACAGUCUCAGACUGGAGUGGAUGAUCGUCGUACUGAUUGCUAUUGAGGUGAUGUUUGAACUUGCUCGUGUAAUCUUCUGAGGACCCACAGAUACAGUCUUACAAAGGCAUACAGUGACUUUUUGUAAACCAGCAAAUCAUUUUGUUUCUGUAGAUGAAGUUCUCAUUGAUAAAUCAUCUUAUCUUUUGAUAUACUAAAUGUGACACUGACCUGAAAUAAAGUUUUUUUUUUUUAGAAGUAUUGGAUAAAUAGUGGCUCAUUUUGUGUCUGUUUUUUUUGGCUUCUUUUCAGAAAGGUGUGGGAUAGAAAUCACUGUUAAAUCUAUGUCCUUAACUCUGCUCCUGCUGUAAAAUCCAGAUUAAGCAGAACUUCUAAAUGAGCUUCAGUAAUAUAAAACCGCUCCAAAAUGUGCACAACAACUCUUCACAUGCUGCCUUAUUGCCAAUGGCAAUGGAACUUGGUUUUGUAAUUGUAUUGUGUUUACAUAGCCUCUGAUAAUACUAAAAUUUCUGAGCUGAUUUUUUUUUUUUUUUUUUUUUACUUUACAAGCUGUGACAAACUCUCUCUGUUGUUUGAAACACAUAUAUAAGCUCAAGUAACAUUUUACACUUUUAUGCAUAAUUGCACUAGUUAUUAAUAAUGAUGCUCAAAUGAACCUGCUUACAAAUACAACAUGACGUCAUGCUGAUGUUCUAGAUUGAUUGAUUGAUCAGCCUCCAGUGAUUGACAGCCGUUCGAUACGGCGCGCGCUCACGUCAUGUGAUUCAAAGCCUCCGGAAAACGGCAGCGGAUCACAGACCGACUGAACUCGUACUGCUCGGUGGAGAGGUUUCCUCCGCUUCAGCCAACAAACUAAACUGAAUACGGCAUUAGAGUUCUGUCGAGAAAGAGCAGACGGU